AUGUUUCCUAUCGACAUAUUACAGGAAUCACCGAAAACAGACUCUAUAGAGAACCAAACACUACCAAGCGUACCGAGAGACGAAGAAAAAGCCAGCAAAAAUCAAACGUCACAAAUCAUGGAUAAAUCUGACCACGGAGGCUACUCUAAAGAUAAAGAUCGUAAUGCACCGAAAUCGCUUCAACAACACUCAAGUAGACACCACUAUCAAAGAAAAGCGUACUCCGUUCCUAAAUUCAGUCAUCAUAAAAUCGGCACUACCAGGGCUAUGAGUUACAAUGUGAUGGAUCAGAAAACUAGUUCACUUCAACUCCGAAGAUCAAUAAAUCCAUUAGAGUCGAUGAAUAGUGAAUUUUCUGCCUAUAAAGCUAAGAUAACUAACGCUUCUUCAUCCAAGAUGUAUGAAAAACUAACCUCGCCGAAGACCAGCAGAAGAGAGUUGAAUAUGUGUUCAGAAGAAUUCAUAAUUCUACCAAAACUGCAACCGAAUGAAGCAGAGUUUCUUAGACUCGUAUCAGAGGACAAUGUCGAUGGUGCCAAAGAAAUUUUAAAUAGCGAUCCGUGCCUGAAUGUGAACUGUACAAACUAUCAGGGUAUGUCAGCGCUCCAAAUGGCUGUACAAAACAGAUCUCCGGGAAUGGUUAAGUUUCUCUUGGGACUUCCGAAUGUGGAAAUAAGUGACAGUGUGUUACAAGCCAUCCGAUCCAACAAUAUUAAGAUAUUGGUUUGUUUGUUGGAGGCUCAGCAGAGGAUUUCGCCAGGAUUAGAGUGUGCGGGGGCGACGCAUUCGGCAGACUUCCCCGCGCACGUGACGCCGCUCAUCCUCGCUGCUCAGCUGGGCCAUUACGAGAUUGUCUCACUGCUCAUCGAAAGAGGACAUGCAAUCAAUCGUCCCCAUAAACUUAACUGUUGUUGCAGUUGUUGUAGAACUUGCUGCUUGAAUGACGAUCCACUGUACGAGAGUAGUGUUCGUCUGUCUCUGUACCGAGCGAUUGCGUCUCCCGCAUACAUGGUGCACAUGUGCGCCGACCCUAUACUGGCCUCGUUUAGACUCGCUGCAGAAUUGGCAGACAAUGCUGCAGCUCACAGGCAACUCGCUGCAGCCUACCUGCAAGUCGCUGAUGACGUCAGCACCUUCGCUGUUGACCUCAUAGGAUGUUGUCGUACAUCAGAAGAAGUGGAAUUUGUGUUAAAGCAAACGACAGGUUGUCUCGGACGUCGCCAUUUUGUGUUGCCGAGGCUGCUUAUGGCUGUCGACUAUAAGCAGAAGGAAUUUGUCGCACAUCCCAAUACACAACAGGUGCUGGAGUCAUACUGGCUCGGCGACUGGCAUUCAUGGAGAAGCAAACCUCUGUUGGUAAAGGCGGUACUCGUUUUAGGCCGAAUAUUCAUUACACCAUUUAUUCUUCUUGUGUGCAUGGUAGCGCCUCGUCAUCGCCUCGUAUCUCACUGGCAGAUACCGUUGAACAAACUGAUUACUCACGUCGCCGCAUAUUUCGUUUUCCUUGCUCUAGUCUUCUAUAUUUCUAAUCAAGAUAAAUAUAGUCAGAAACGAGGACCUCCAAACACAGGUGCGGAGGCGCCGCUGAUACUGUACGUGUGUGGCUAUGCCUGGUCGGCUCUCCGGAUGAUGGUGAUGCAGGGACCGCAUCGAUACUUCAGCAAGAUGUGGAACUGGACUGAGCUCAUUAUGCUCACUCUGUUCUUCAUGACAUUCGUCUUUUGGGUUCUAGCUGCGAUCGACGUUGCAAUUUAUAACGAAGAAGAUUUAGAUCGCAAAUAUUGGAACCAGCACGACCCAACUUUAUUAGCCGAGGGCACGUUUUGCCUCGCGACUAUAAUCGCUUUCUUCCGACUUAUGUUCCUGUGCCAGUUGAACUACCAUCUAGGGCCAUUGCAGGUAUCGUUAGGGAAAAUGACUAUUGAUAUUUACAAGUACAUCAUAAUAUUUGCAAUAAUAAUCAGCGCGUUUACUGCCGGCCUGGCGCGGUUCUACCAGUAUUACGAUGGUAUGGUUUAUGAAGACGAGUUCGGAAUGAAGACAGUACAGGUGGCCUCUUUCACGAGUUUGACAGACACCCUAAACACGUUGUUCUGGGCUCUAUUUUGCAUGGCGCCCUUGGAAAGUGCUGACGUGGUGCUGGAGAACACCCGGGAUCCAAGGAGUUUGGACAAGUUGCAUGAGAACAGACAUGGGUAUACUGAACGUAUCGGAUACUUUUGUUUUGGAUGUUUCGAAGUAAUAUCCGUAAUAGUGGUACUGAACAUGCUCAUUGCUACCAUGUCUAACACUUUUCAAAGAGUUACCGACAACGUCGAUAUAGAGUGGACUUUCGGUAAAACUGAGGUAUACAUAGACUACAUGCUGCAAACAACGCUACCGUCACCAUUUAACUUGAUCCCCACAGCAUCUGGUGUGGGCAACGUAAUGGAAUGGUUUCGUGCUAGAUUUAACCGCCCGCCAGGGGCCUAUGCCCGAUGGUCACCUUCUUAUUGCUGUUAUAUCGAGCGUGAUGUGGAAGCAAAUGUUCAGAAAGAGUAUCCGGCGCUGAUGUCUGUUCUGGUGCAGCGAUACUUUAGAGAUAAAGACAGCUCGAUGAUAAACACUCAUAGGGUUGAGUGCGAAGUGGCCGCUUUGCGCAGGAAUAUUGCCUGCAUCAAAAUUCCACGGAAUCUUUGCACAUCUCACGGGCCUGAGUCUUAA